ACCAACAAAAUUGCCAUUCUACUGGCCCGCUAACCUUCAUCACGUCUCAAUAAAUCCCAAUUCUACGAACGAACCUUCCAUCCCAAAAAACCCUAAGAAUCAAUAAAAACAACAUCAUGGAUUACCAGAACCGCGCGGGCUCCAAGUUCGGCGGCGGAGGCGUCGCGUCUCACAGCGCGACGAAUGCCGACCGAAGAGAGCGACUGCGCAAACUAGCGCUCGAGACGAUCGACCUAGACAAGGACCCGUACUUCUUCAAGAACCACGUCGGCUCAUUCGAGUGCCGACUCUGCCUCACCGUGCAUCAAAAUGAUGGCUCGUACCUCGCACAUACGCAAGGCAAGAAGCACCAGACCAACCUCGCGCGCCGCGCCGCUCGCGAACAGAAAGAGGGGAAGGGCCAGGUCGAUCCUAAUACCGGGUUACCAGUCGGUGUAGUAGGAGCCGGCUUCGGCGCAAGCAUGGUGAGGAGGAACAUCGUGAAGAUCGGACGUCCCGGGUACAAGAUUACGAAGGUGCGCGAUCAGGUGACGAGACAGCAGGGCCUGCUGUUCCAGCUGCAGUACCCGGAGAUCGGACAGGACGUGACGCCCAAGGUGCGGUUCAUGAGCGCGUUCGAGCAGCGCGUCGAGGACCCGCCGGAUAAGAGCUUCCAGUACAUGUUGGUGGCGGCGGAGCCGUACGAGACGUGCGGGUUCAAGCUGCAGGCUAGGGAGAUCGAUCGCUCGGGCGACCGCUACUGGACUUGGUGGGAUGCGGAUUUGAAGGAGUUCUGGGUCCAGGUUAUGUUCUUGACGGAGCGCGAGGAGAGGUAUGUUGGUGUGCCUGGGUUGCCGGGGCGGAGGUGAGGAGGCGGCGGGGAGGUCGAUAUCUACGUUUGCGAAGAUACGUGCUGAGGUGGAGUGGUGGUUUCGCUGGGCAUUACAAGAUUCACCUUAAAUAGGGUGCACGCUCGAUCUCUUUUCAGUCGGUGUAAGUAGGCCACGCGGUAUAUGGGUUGGUGAUGCUGUAUACUAAUGCCUCUUAGGCCUACGAUAAGGUCGUCUUCACCUCGACAUUACUGUCAAGGAGAUUAAGUAGCUGAUAGGGAGAAUGAUACCAUGUACUGAAGUAGUCCAGUCCCUUUUUAAUACUCAUCAGGUUCUACUUGGUUCGGUGCAAAAGGGAGCUAAGGUUACUGUAGAUUUUUCACUUGCUUCUUCAAUAUCUCAUGUUCUAGUGGCAUAAAUGGGUCAUA